UGCCAGCUAGUUGUCGGCAGUUAUGGGUAAUCUUGAGUACCAGUUUGCUGUAUGUUUCAUUAUUUCCUCUAAAAUAACUGUUCUAAUCACUGUCUUGUUAAACUUCAUCUGUGAAACAAUCGCAUAGGAUGGGUUGAGGUGUUGCAAGGAGGUUUUAAAAGGCGUUGUGUUGUGCGACGUCAUCUUAAUGAAACAAGAACUUUUUUGUUUGCCACACUUGGCUUGGCUUGGCUGGUAAUUGUCAUGUGAUCUUUAAAGAACCGCGCAUAAUCGCGCGCCAACUUUGCAAGCAGCGUCUGCCGUUCGGAUAUGAAAGUUCAAUUUCUUCGGCACUUAGGCUCAUUUUCUUAAGCUUGACGUCAACUCUGCGUCCGUGUGUGGAAUUCGCGGGAAAACUUCUGCAAAGUCGAGCCAUGGCGGAAGGGCGAAGGUCGUCAAGGGCCCACAAGUCUGUCAACUACGCCAAGCUGGACUAUGGAAGUGAUGAAGAUGAUGACUUCAAGCCAGCUGAGGUACCACCAUCAAAACGUGCCAAGCCUGCUGUUAAGGAAGCGCCCAAAAAGGCAGAGAAGAAAACCAAGCCUGACAACGCAGGGAUAACAAGUUCCAGUGCUGUCACUGAGAAGCAGAAGGCAGGGAGGGCAUCCCUGGAUGACAAGCUCUUCCAGCGAGACCUCGAAGCGGCACUGCGUCUCUCACAGAAUGCACCGGCCUCUGAAGGACAGUGCUUGGAGACUGAUCCUGAACACAAGCCUGCAGACAGUAUAAUCGAGCAAAACAGCAUAGCCACGUUUCCAGAGAACCUCGAGCUAGCUGGUGAGGUGGUUGUGCAUUCCGAGCCAGGCCCUGAAGCCAGUGAGCCUUCAGCGUCGGCAGAUGGCAAGGAGGAGGAAGACUACCAGCCGGAGCAAGAAGGGAGCUCCGAGGAUGAGGAGGAGGAUGCCUCGGAUGAGGACUACGGAGACAGUGGCAGUGAUGACGACGGGGAGUUUGCACCCUCAAAGAAAAAGGCUUCACAUUCCCGCAAGGAACCUGUGGCAAGAAAGCCUCCAGCUGCCCCCAAGAAGCCGGCAGGCACCGCAAGAGCAGCAGCCAAAAAAUCUCCCGCACCAUCGGCCGCACCACACACCGCCACGAAAGGCCCCACAGCAACACGUGGCAAGAUGCAGGCAUCGAGUGCAUCAGCCAGCUCAUCAUCAGCAUCACCACCGGUGCCAAGGUCGGCACCUCGCCUUGCUGCAGCUGCAAAGUCUUCGCCAAGUCCGGCUCCACGGCUCUUACCGCAGCGAACUCCUCCUGGAGGCAGUGUGCCCAUGACUGUGCCUAAGUUUUCGAGCGGCCAGUUGCCGGCAUCAGGGAUUCGCCUAGGAUUGUCACGCCGCUCAGUGAGCAAGCCACUUCACAGUGUUGUCAAAGUGCAGCAGUGAGCUUGUCAAGCAUAACUUGGAACAGCCGUGCAUUGGCAGGAUGGAUUCAGUGAAUUCUGCACUGUGCUUGUGAUCACUUCAGAAAUCCCUAAAGACUAGUGAAUUGGGGAGUGUGUUUUCAGGUGUGAUGAGGGAAGGAGGACAUUUUCGAGUACUUUAUGGCAUGUUUUAGGCAACCCUGUUUUUAUAUGUUUAACUUCAUGUUCACAAAUGGGCUUCGAAUUGAAGCCCUUCGUCGACUUGACCAAGUGGAGCACAGCAUCGCUCCUCUUCUGAAGAAUGCAUUGCAUUUUGAUGACAUUCCUUGGUGAUUCCUAUGAUGAGGAUUUGCUUGAGAAGCGCAAAUUCACUCCAGUGCAUUUGCAUUUCCUCAGUUACCAAACAUGUUUGCAUAAGAACCAGCAUGGAGUGUCAUUGAAGUGCAGAGACCAUUUCAGUCAUGGGGGAGCAGUGCUGCCAUUCAAUUUUUUUGAGACGACGUGGGGUGUCAAGUAGAGGAAUGUCCCAGAAUGUGGGGGUAAAGGUUUUUAUGUUGUCCGUAUAUUGACUGGUGAGUCUUGACGGUGAAUUUCACUGGCCAAUCUGGAGUUGGGUUGUGUGUUCUCAGCAGAUCCACUCUCUCUUACUUCAUUCCCUGGGCACGGGGCCAGCGUGAAAUUCAAGGCUGCAAAAUGUAACUUUUCUCCUGCUCAAGGGACGAGUGCGUCUGGUAUUAACCAUCUUGAGUGAACAUCAGUGCACGGCACCACGCUCUUCUGCAUGACAGCUACGUCUUCUGCUGAUGCGAGGCUCGGUUGGCAUUUCGUACAUUGCAUUACCGUGACGCUUUUGUAAUCGCAAAAACAUUGGUUCACCAGAAAGCACGUACCAUUUCUGGAACUAGGUGUGUGGGCCAAGUUUCUGUGGUAAUCUGGCACAGCACGGAUUGUUUUCCACAGGCAGAUUUGAAUUUGCAAAGUAUGAGCAUGCUCUUUGAGGAUUUGUUGGGUGACUGUUCCAGACUGACCAUGGGAAUUUACUGUCAGAUAUUUUCUCACUACGCAAUGACAAAAGACAGUGGUGCCAGGAAAAGUGUAGGAUGUUUUGCAUGAAGGCAACAUUUUUUUGUUUGAAAUAUGAAAAUUCUCGCUAAUUUAAACCUAAUUUACUGUGAUUAGACAUCAUAGUUACAAACUUAGUCUAUUUCCUGAAAUGCUUUGCUUGGCAUUGAUGUCUGUCAGCUUUAUGUCAUUGGUUCUUGUCUAAAUACCAAGCCAUUCAGUUCUCUUUGUGCUUACUGCAUAUUAGACAUAUUAAGAAUGAAGGUUUUAUGCUAGAGUGCAAGUAAAGUUGUGGUUGUGUUCUUCAAAA